AUGCUGAGCGGCACUUUAGAUUCUAACAGUUCAGGUCCCAGCGAUGGAGGGUCUGUCUUUUCAAAGACUGAGCACAGCAUCGUGGCUGCUUACCUGAUUGUGGCAGGUAUAAUAAGCAUUCUCAGCAACAUAAUAGUUCUGGGCAUCUUCAUUAAGUACAAGGACCUGCGGACACCCACGAAUGCAGUGAUUAUUAACCUGGCUUUCACUGAUAUAGGGGUCAGUAGCAUUGGCUACCCCAUGUCUGCUGCUUCAGAUCUGCAUGGAAGUUGGAAAUUUGGAUAUGCAGGCUGUCAGGGAGGCAGAGACAGGCAGGUGACGUCUUGCCUGCAUAUAUGUCUUGGACCCCAUGUGUUCAAUGCUGUUGGAGGCCAGAAGAGGGUGGUAGAUCCCCUGGAACUGGAGUUACAGAUGGUUAUUUAUGCAGGACUGAACAUCUUUUUUGGAAUGGUGAGCAUUGGCUUACUCACAGUUGUAGCUGUGGAUCGGUACCUGACCAUCAGCUGUCCUGACAUAGGAAGAAGAAUGACCGCCAACACCUACCUGAGCAUGAUCCUGGGUGCCUGGGUCAACGGCCUGUUUUGGGCUUUGAUGCCCAUAGUGGGGUGGGCUAGUUAUGCCCCUGACCCUACGGGGGCUACCUGUACCAUCAACUGGCGGAAAAAUGAUAGCUCUUUUGUGUCGUACACCAUGAUGGUUAUUGUGGUGAAUUUCAUUGUGCCCUUGACAGUGAUGUUUUACUGUUAUCACCGUGUCACUCGAUCCAUGAGACUUUAUGCUGCUAGCAACUGCACUGCACAACUCCACAGACACUGGACAGAUCAGGCAGAGGUAACAAAGAUGUCUGUGAUAAUGAUACUGAUGUUUCUGCUGGCAUGGUCCCCUUAUUCCAUCGUGUGCUUAUGGGCUUGUUUUGGCGACCCAAAAAAGAUUCCUCCUUCAAUGGCCAUCAUAGCUCCGCUGUUUGCAAAAUCCUCUACAUUCUACAACCCCUGUAUUUAUGUGGCUGCAAAUAAGAAGUUUCGGAAAGCCAUUUUUGCCAUGUUUAAAUGCCGGCCUCACCAAGAAAUGCCCGAGACAAGUGCUGUACAAAUGGAUAUGCCUCAAAGCCCACUGACUCCCGCAAGAAUCUGAAGUGCCAGAAAACAAUAUGCCACCAAAUAGUUUAUUUGUUUUUUUUUUUUGAGCAAUAUGCUCAUUUUAUUUUAAAUAUGAAUCUGUUUAGAUCAAGUGCGCACAUAGACUGUUGCCUUACUGGACCACGGGUUCCUCCUACACAGCCAGCACAACUCAUUGUAGAGCCUUCACUGCGUCCUCGAGGAUAAGUGGAUAGCUGAGUCUGCUUUGAUGAAUCCAGGCGCACAAAACUACAGUCUCUUUUCUUUCUCCUUAGAAGGCCCACAUUACAGUGCCCUGAUGACCCG